AUGGGACAGGCUUCGGCAAAAUCUACUGAACACAUGGGAUCGGUAAAAGAGAGUCCUCAAUCAAAAUGCUCUAUAUGCGAUAAAGAAAAAGUCGCGUAUAAGUGUAGAGGAUGUUCACAAGAUUUUUGUUUCGAUCAUUUAGCAGAACAUCGUGAAACGCUUAUUAAACAAUUCGGCCAGAUCGAAAAUGAUCAUAAUCAGCUUCACCGAAGACUUAUCGAACAAAAGAAAGCUCCAAGGAAACCUCCAUCUAUACAGGAAGUAGAUAAAUGGGAGAAAGAUUCAAUUAAAAAAAUUAAAGAAGCAGCGAAGGAAUCAAGACAAGCAUUAAUUCAACACCAAAAUAACUAUUUUAGCGAAAUAGAAAAACAACUGUCUCAAUUAGCUGAACAAUUAGAAAAAAUCCGUCAAGAAAAUGAAGUACAUGAGAUUGAUUUAGAUCAAAUCAAAACAAAAUUAACAAAAUUAGCAGAAGAACUUGGUCAAUUGCCAAACACUAAGAUUCAGCAAGAUUCUGCAUCAUUUAUUACAAAAAUUUCAGUCAUUUUAUUACCUGGAAACCGUCAAGAAGAGAAAGUUACUAAUAUAGAUUCAAACCGAAGUCAAACAAAAUUAUCAGAAGAACUUAAUCAAUUCACAAAUAUUUCAAAUCCGGAUGAGUCUGCAUCCGUUAUAAAUGAGAAUUCAAUUAGUGCAUCAUCUGGUAUGUGUGAUUAA